GGGCGGGCGGGAAGAGAGGGAGGAGCCAUGGCCGAGCUCGCGGCGGGUGCCGUGAGAUCGCUGCUGGUCGUCAUCCACAGCGAGACGGUGCUACUGCGUGGCGUGCGGGACGACGUGCAGUUCAUCAAGGAUGAGAUGGAGAGCAUGAAAAGCUUCCUGGCGCACCGGGCCAGGUCGACACCCCCCGGUGGCGAGCACGAUGAGCAGGUGCGCACCUGGAUGAACCAGGUGCGGCUGCUUGCCCAGGACUGCAACAACUGCAUCGACCUCUACCUCUAUAGGAGGAACCCCGAUAUCCACGGCGCCAGAGGCGGGCUCGAAGGCUACCUCUGGUGGGCACCCUGGUUCCUGCGCAAGCUGGCCGCGCAGCACCGCGCGGCUGACCAGCUGCGCAAGCUCAAGGAGCGAGCGCGUGACGUCAGCAAGCGGCGGUUGAGGUACGGCGUGGAGGUGCCGGCCAAGUCAGGGGAGGGGCAAUCGGCGUCAUCAUCAUCGUGGGCUGCUGCGGCCGAGGACGACGAAGAAGACAGUGACGGCCAACUCAUGAGGGCAAUGGCGACCGGUGGCCAUUCUGGUCCAAGAGCCUUCAUCCAGCCUCGCACUCUGGACGACUACGUCAAGGCAAAGCUAUGGGAGUGGAUAUGUGGAAUUACUGCAAACGCCGGCGAAACUCGGUCCAUAGUCGUGGCGUCACCAUACACAUAUUAG